CCAGAAACGCAAGCCAUCACGGCUCGCUUGCAGCGAGCAAACCAUAUAUCAAUAGGCUAUGUAAGCGCAUCUCUCUGAUGCACAAGUGGGAAGUGCAUGUGGUAAUACGUAUAGUGUCUACAGCUGUAGGGGAAUCUAUUUGAGUCUGACAGCUAGUUCGGUAAGUUUUUACUGAGUAAUUGGCUUUCUUGUUCAACAAAGAAGCGAUGGAGUACUGGAGGCAAUGCGCGCUGUGGCUGAUCAGUUGCAAGGUGCUGCCACCGAACCACCGGGUCACAUGGGAGACUGCCCAGGUAUUCGAUUUAGCCCAAACGCUUCGGGAUGGGGUCCUUUUGUGCCAGCUUCUAAACAACCUGCGACCCAAGUCCAUAAAUCUGAAAGAGAUCAACCUCCGGCCGCAGAUGUCACAGUUCCUCUGCCUGAAGAACAUUCGGACAUUCUUGAAUGCCUGCUGGGAAAUAUUCGCCAUGAAGAAGAGUGAACUGUUCGAGGCAUUUGACCUGUUUGAUGUCCGGGACUUUGGAAAGGUCAUGGACACGUUAUCCAGGCUUUCACACACAGAGUUUGCACAACAGGAAGGGAUAAGGCCAUUUCCAACAGAGGAAAGUCUGGAAGAUGAAGACAUAUACAAUGACCUAGAAGACUUGAUAGAUAAGGAUCUAGUGGACGAUGAGGAUGAGCUGUACGACAGUGUGUACGACGAUGGCGUCUACGACGACCUGAUGAGAACUGAGGCCAUGCCCCCACCGCAGAAGCAGACUGAAACCGAUAUCCGAAGCUGCUGUGUGGCAGAGAUUAAACUCACAGAAGAGAAAUACACAGAGACUCUGGAGUCCAUAGAAAAGUACUUCAUGACUCCUCUCAGGAAGUUCUUAUCACCAGCAGAAAUUGAGAAAGUGUUCAUCAACAUUCCAGACCUGGUCAAAGUGCACAAAAGCUUAAUGCAGGAUAUCCAAGACUCUGUUCUCAACAAAAAUGCCCAGAACCUCCAUCAGAUUUUCAUAACUUACAAAGAAAGGCUACUUAUUUACGGAGUAUACUGUAGUCAAGUCGAAAUAGCCAUUGCUAUACUGGAUCAUAUGUGCAAAGAGAAGGAGGCUGUACGACUCAAACUUGAGGAAUGUUCAAAAAGAGCAAACAACGGGAAAUUUACAUUAAGAGAUCUACUUGUUGUCCCAAUGCAGAGAGUCUUGAAAUAUCACCUUCUUCUGCAGGAAUUAGUCAAGCACACCCACGAUGCCACCGACAAGAACAAUUUACGGAUGGGUCUCAGCGCGAUGAAGGACCUUGCUCAGUAUGUUAAUGAAGUGAAGAGAGACAACGAGACUCUGAGGGAGAUCGAUCAGUACCAGAGAUCCAUCGAAAACUUGAAUCACUCUUUACGGGGCUAUGGAAGACCCAAAGGUGACGGGGAGGUGCGGGUUGCAACGGUCGAUAAGCGGACCAAACAGGACAGGCACAUCUUCCUCUUUGACGUUGCUGUGAUUGUCUGCAAGAGGCGGGGCGACAACUAUGAGAUGAAAGAGGUGAUCGACCUCAACCACUUCAAAAUCACCAACAACCCCACCACGGAUAAAGACAACAGAAAGUGGUCCUACGGAUUCUACCUCACUCAUAAACAGGGGCAAACUGGCUUUGAGUUCUUCUUCAAAACCAGAGAGAUGAAGAAGAAAUGGAUGGAGCAAUUCAGCAUGGCUCUAUCCAACGUUCAUCCAGAAAACGCCAGUAGCAACUUCCAUGAGUUCAGGAUGCACACCUUUGAGAAGACAACCUCCUGCAGCUCCUGCCACAUGCUCCUGAGAGGGAUUUUCAACCAGGGAUACCGGUGUGCAAAGUGUGGGGCAGGAGCCCAUAAAGAGUGCCUGGGGAGGUUUGGGUGCUGUGGGAAGUCCAGCCCAGAAUCCGCGACGUUGAGGCUGAAGAAAGGAGUUGUUUCAAAACGUCGGAUUGAUUCAGGCCUGCCGAAGAUGGUGACGAUCCGCGAGUACUAUGGUGUCCCCAGUCCCGUGUGUGGCCUGCCACUCAACAUUCAGGUCGGGGACGUCAUCGAGCUCCUCUGUGCCGAUCUGCACUCUUCCUGGUGGCAGGGUAAGAACCUAACAACGGAUGAAGUUGGCUUUUUUCCCAGCGAUGCAGUAAAGCCUUGCCCAUGUGUCCCGAAGCCUGUCGAUUACUCUUCCCAGCUCUGGUUUGCGGGGGCCAUGGAGAGGCCCCAGGCAGAGUCUGAGCUGAUGGACAGGGGGAACAGCACCUACCUCGUCAGGCUGCGGAGCAGGGACUGCACCGAAUACGCCAUAAGCAUAAAGUUUAACAGCGAGGUGAAGCACAUCAAGAUUUUGACCAAGGAGGGCCAGUUCUACAUUGCAGAGAACAGGAAGUUCAGGAGUAUUUUGGAGCUGAUCGAGUAUUACAAGCAUCACUCUCUGAAGGAGGGGUUCAGGAACCUGGACACCACCCUGCAGGUCCCUUACAAGAACCUGGAAAACACUGGAAUUCACAGAACCAAUGGAUCCAAUGGGUCGCUGUGCGGGCUUUCUUUCACAUCUCCUGAUGGCUACAGCUUUGUUCCUCCCUCCUCUGCUCCUUUCUGGUCAGUGUUCACUCCAAAAGUGAUGGGCUUCGCCAUAGCCCGUUAUGACUACAGUUCCAGGGAACUGCGUGAGCUGUCUCUGCUGGAGGGGGAUAUCGUGAAAAUCUACAGCAAGAGUGCCAACGGGUGGUGGAAAGGAGAAGUCAACGGGCGGGUGGGCUGGUUCCCCUCUACAUACGUGGAAGAGGAAGACUGACUGAGCCCGGGGGUUGCCUGACCGUUAUUCCCGUCGAGAGGCAACACUGCGGAUCGCUUUCACAAAACCGGGAUGGCGAAAAGGAGGGGAACUCUCCCCGGCGGCCUGUGCUCACAGAUGACUGAGCCAGCCAGCUCUGCGUUCCAUAGGGAGAGCCUGGCGGCUGCUCAGUCGGUUAGAGCUGGCUCAGACCUUACAAACAAUCAUCCCGGACGAGAACCCUAAAACUCAGACAAAUUUGUUGUCCUGUCACUCAGCCCGACCCACUUUUGCGGAACCACUUGUACCUGCCUCUUUAUGUUUUACAUCUCUGCAUAUUUCACCAUGGCCACUCCCACCUCACCCCCCAGCCAAGACUUCUUAGGAUGCGACAGAAUUGGGAGAAAAAAAGCUUCCUAGAAAAUAAUGUUUUUUUUUCAGGUUUACCUCACGGACGUCUCCCGCUGUCCCCGCUCUUCCUGCGUGUCCUACUUACCCGGGUUGUUAUUGAUGGCCUCACCCGUCUGCUCCGCUCUCUCUCUCGCACCCGAGGCCAUGGGCCGGAACGUCGCGAGCGCUCUAACACGUGACCGCCCCCCUGGGACGUGCUGAGGUCCCGCACCCCGAAUGCGCCGUCCCAGGCGACGGCGGGACGAUAAGGGAGGGGACGGUUAGCGGCGGAUCGCUCCUAACAUCUUCCUCCUCCUUUCAGUUCGGCAGAGAUUUUUCUUCACGGUCGCGGUCACCUCUUUCAGAAAGCCAGACAAACAGAGAAGCCAGACUGUUUGCCUUCUCACUUCUCUUUAUCAGAUAGCCACAUUGUAUGUGCGAUGUGACGGUAACGGUGUGCAAGCUGUUGAUAGAAAGCAAACACAAUCAGCCUGACGUACCCACAAGCAAUACUACAGCACGCCACGCACAGAGCCUGCAGCUUGAAAAUAAUGACAUAACGGAAUACCGUUAGCUGUAGCGCGGUGCAUCUCUAAUCCUCCAACAAAUAGGAUUUACUCAAAUGCAUUCAGUGCUGUUUGCUAACAGAAAAGUUGCUCACUGUGGAAUGACUUAACUUACCUAGAGGUGGAAAAUCCAGGUUCAGAGAGUAAACGUCCUCCCCAGUAUUUGUUUCAGUCACCUUGAUUUGCUAAGUGGCACAAUUCUUCAGCCAGGAGGCGUAAUUAAUUAGUGAAAUCAGCUGGCUGAAUUCACGGGUGAAAGAAAAACAUGGCAGGACUUUUACUUUAUGGCCUCUGGACUUUCCAUCACUGCACUUAGCAAUUGAGUUAUUAUUUAAUAGUAAGGAAAAAGUAAAAACCUGCAGUGCAGUAAGAUGAGGUGUUGUUACAGUUCUGCUGCCAGGUGAUUGACAGGUGAAUGAACUCAGCUGGGCAGAGUUUGAUAUGUAUCCAGACAUUCAAUGUGAUGCCUAAAAAUUUCCAGGCAGGGAUUCAAUGCUGGGUGUCCUUGUUGGAAACAGGAGAAAACUUUAAAACUUCUGCAAAUCUUGGACAAAUGUAUUGGACAGAAAUAGAUUUCACAGGUACUUUGAAUACAUACACCAAUGCACUUAUGGAAGUUUUAAAUAAUGAGCAUCUGGUUUAAAAAGUUACUUAACAAGUAGCUGUGUAUAAUAUUUAUAGGAUGUAUGAGACAAUUUGCGGCCAGGUUUUAAAUAUGAAAUGAGCUUCCAGUUGUCCUUAGGAAAUAAAUCAAUCAUUACAUUUUUUUUGUGAGUUUGUCAAGCAUGGAUAUUGUUAAACACAUUUUAGUCCCUUCCUGACAGCAGGGACAGACUAACAACCAAAGUGAAAGUCUUGUUGCCCAUUCACAAAUCUCCUGUUCAACUGUUUGUAUUAAAAUUUUAAAAUAAUUUAUUAUUUUCUAAAAGAACAUACAAAAAAAUAAAGUACAACCCUUGAUGUAUGACAUA